AUGCCGAGGAGAAAAAUAACUGAUUUGCGGGUCAUUCAAGCUUCUGAAGACCAUGAAGAAAGAAAUAACGAUGAAUCAAAUGCACCAAAUUCUUCCGAAGUUCCUAAAACUAUUGAAGAAGAAGUAGAAAUUCAAGGAACCUUGAAUCACAUUGUUGUUGUGUCUCCUACCUCAACUACAAUGAAGUUGCCAACAUUUACAGAUGUUGAUUGGGGAGCCAAUUUAGAUGCUAGACGAUCGAUCAUAGGUCAUUGUGUUUAUUUAGGUGAUAAUUUGAUUUCAUGGGCCUCAAAGAAGAAGAAGUCCGUGUCGAGAUCCAUCAUGAAAGCUGAGUAUAGAAGUGUGGUAGACACUACAACUGAGGCAGUUUGGGUGAGUGCUUUGUUUCAGGAUUUGGGUGUUGAGUAG